UUGGGCACACAGCUAGAGUCCAUCUCCCUGCCUCCUUCAGUUAGGUAGAGCCAGGAGACUAAGUUCUUUUUGGGGCAGUGUCAACAGCCAUGCUUGCCAUGCCCAUAGAAGCCUUCAUUUGUACUUUAUCCUUUUUGAAGGCUGGAUGUAGAUGAAAAGUUUCUAAGAGAUGGGGCCAGGAGAUGCCAGGGUUCUGAAGGACUGGAAAGACUGCAUGGGGGACUUGAAAGCUGCCUGCUGAAUGUUUUGCCUUGAACUGACACUCAAGUGAGAAAUAAGCCUCUCAAGAAUUGGAAAUUGAAGAAUGCCAUGGAAAGCAAGGUGAAAAAGGCAGGGGUGUACACAUCAAUCCCAGAUCCAGGGGGCCAGCAUCUUUAAGUAGACUUCUUCAGAUGGCCCAUGGGGUCCCACAGAGCUUACAGGACAACUUAAGAUCACUCCAAACCAGGUCUUAAUUCUGGAUUCUAUGAUCUGUUCCAGUGAAUUAUAUUUCCACACCAGUACUACACCAGUACCACAGUGUCCUGAGUGCUGUAACUUUAUAAUUAGUCUUAAACUCAGAAAAUGGAUUCUACAUCUCUCUUACCAACAUUUUUAGAUGUGGAUCUGACAAUAUCACAUAUUAAAUGUCUUCCCAAGGAUAUUCUGGUGAAAUUUCAAGGCAUAAAUAAUAAUGAAUGUGAGUUUGACUACCACAUAUUGCAGAGAGAAAUACAACAUACUCCAAAAGUGAAAAAUAAUGUGGAAAUUGAUGAAUUUUGUUUGGUGGAAGAAAGAGUAUCUGGAGAAUGGCAGAGAGGAAGAGUCGUGGGAAAGAAAAAUGAACUCUAUACAGUGCUCCUCAUAGAUCGUGGAGAAGAACUAAGAGUUGCUGGUCCACAGAUUGCUUCAGCCUGUGGCAAUUUGUUUGAGCUACCGCCACGGGUAGUAUUUGGCAUUUUUGCGAAUAUACUACCAGUUGGGGAAAAAUGGUCCCCUAAAGCUUUGAAUUAUUUCAAGUCAUUAGUAGGAAUACAAGUGAAAGGUUAUGUGCAAGCUAUUUUACCUCUGCAAAUGUUUCUUUUUGAAGUGCCAAAAAUUAUAUCUCAGGCUCUCGAGUUACAAUUAGGAAGACUUGUUGAUGGAGAUUCAUUUCGUCUUAUUGUGGAAAUGUUAGAAGAAUUCCCUCAACAAAUGCCAGAUUUAUCGCAACAUAAAAGACCUGAAUUGUCAUUAGGUGAUAAAGACACUUCACUUGAUAUUCAACAUGUUCUGGAUAAGUUGCAGCCAUCUUUGUCAGUAGGAAGUACUGAAAGUGUAAAGGUAUCAUCUGCAUUGAGCCCAAGUAAAUUUUAUUGUCAGUUAAUUAAAUGGACUCCAGAACUAGAAAACUUGACAGCACAUAUGACUUUACAUUAUGAUACGAUCUGUCAAGAAACUAGUCCCACAUGUGAUAAUUUUGGACUACUUUGUGUUGCCAGAAGGCGAAAUGGACAGUGGCAUAGAGGAAUUCUUCAGCAGCUCUUGCCCCCAAAUCAAGUAAAAAUUUGGUUUAUGGAUUAUGGCAGUAGCGAGGCUAUACCCUCAAUUUAUGUAAAGAAACUUAAACAAGAUUUUAUUUUAGUACCAUUAUUUUCAUUUCCAUGUUCUCUGACAUGUUUGCACAGUGAAGAUAGAGAUGCAAGAACAUUUCAACUGAGUAUAUUUAAACAGGCCUUAUUAGGACAAGUGGUAUAUGCACACAUUGAUUGGUUCAAUAAGGAUGAGCAUUUGUAUUACGUGACAUUACAAACUCAAGAGUCUACAGUUAAUUCUAAGUGUCUACUGAAGACUGUAGGCACACAAGUACUUUGUCCGAUGUCUGAUUCAAAAAUAUCCAAUAUCUUGAGUGAGACAAAUGUGUCUGAUGUAAACAGCUUUGCAGUUGAGAGUUUUAUGGGAAAUAUUGAAUGGUCAGUAGACUCUCUAAAUAAAAAAGGCAUUUUAAAAGUAGGUUUUCCCAUUGAAACAGUAGAAAUGGAGAUAGAGGCUGCCUACAUAGCUUUUAUAGCAUAUGUAUUAAACCCAUCAAAUUUCUGGGUACGCACUAAUAACCAUCAGAAUGAAUUUCAAGAAAUUAUGAAAAAUAUAAACAAAUUUUAUGAUUUGUGUGAAAACGAUGAAAUGAUUCUAAGAAAACCUGAACCUGGAUUAUUUUGUUGUGCUAGAUAUAGCAAGGACAGACGUUUUUACAGAGCUGUCAUCACUGAAAUUAAUGGUUAUAAGAUUAAUGUUUAUUUUUUGGAUUAUGGUAAUACUGAUUCCAUACCAUUUUUUGAUGUAAAAAUUUUGCUUCCAGAAUUUUGUGAGUUACCUGCCUUAGCAAUGUGCUGUUCACUUGCACAUAUAUUUCCUGUUGAAGAUUUAUGGACUAAGGCUGCAAUUGAUUAUUUUAAAAAAUUAGUUUUGAACAAAGCAAUUUUGCUUCAGGUUAUAGCAAAAAAAGAUGACAGAUACACCGUAAAUAUUCAAAGUGUUGAAGCCUCAGAAAAUAUUGAUGUUAUCUCUCUUAUGUUACAAGCUGGAUAUGCAGAAUAUUAUCAAGUAGAACUAAAAUAUUUUCCAAAAUCUGCAAGUGAAUAUUCAAUGUUAAAUUCAAAAUCUAAAAACAAAGUUAAUAUUAAAAAAGUCAUAUCUGCCCUUCUUGAAGGACCUAAAUCUAAAAAGUACCUUUCAAAUAACCUAGUAGAAAAUAACUUGUCUUUGCCAAAGUCCCCAGCUGUUAAUGUCUCAGAUUUAAAAAAUCCUUUCACCUUGUCUGUGGGACCUGAGUCAUCCUGGUCUUAUAAAGAAUAUAGUUUUAAACCAGGAACAGUUCUUGAAGUUAAAUGUUCCUAUUAUUAUGGCCCAGGUGACUUUUCAUGCCAACUCCAAUGUAAGUUAGAAGACCUAAAAUUACUAAUGGAGCAAAUUCAGAAUUACUAUAGUAUUCAUUCUGAUCCUUACGAGAUUGGGCAGACUGCUUGUGUUGCUAAGUUUUCUGGGAAGUGGUAUAGAGCUGCUGUUUUGACUCAAGUAUCAAAAGAAGUUGACAUAGUAUUUGUUGACUAUGGUUACCAAAAAAGGGUUUUAAUUAAAGAUCUUUGUGCAAUUAACCCACGUUUUCUCUUGCUAGAAAGCCAAGCCUUCAGAUGUUGUCUUAACCAUUUUAUUGAUCCUGUUAGUUGUAAAUUAUUCAGUUGGACAAGAAAAGCAUUCAGAGACUUGCGGAAUUUUAUCUCUUCAUCUAGAGGGUUAUUGACUUGUAUCAUCUAUGCGUUAGUUAUUAUACAUCCCAACCAUUUAUAUAACUUAGUGGAUUUACAGUCCUCAUUUACUAGUGCAAAAGAAUUUCUUAUGAAUCGUGGCUCUGCUCAGUAUAUCACAUUAUCAAAGACAUUCCCAUCUUUAGUUAGUCUUUACAGUUACUGUUAUUCUUCCUUUAAUAUAAAAAUUGGAAGUGAAGAAGAAGUAUAUAUAUCUCACAUAUAUAGUCCCAAAAAGUUUUAUUGCCAGCUUGGCAGAAAUAAUAAAGAUCUAGAGAUGAUAGAAACAAAAAUCACAGAGAGCAGUAACCUCAAAAAUUGUCCAAAAUAUGAUUCUAAUAAAAUGAGAGUGUGCAUAUCUAAGUAUGUAGAAGAUGGUCUCUCAUAUAGAGCUUUAGCAGUACCAACAGAUUCAUCAUCUGAAUUUCAAGUCUAUUUUGUAGACUUUGGAAAUAAGCAAUUAGUAGGAGAAAAUAUGUUGAGGGCCAUUUCAGCUCAGUUUCCAGAGUUGUUGUUUACACCUAUGCAAGCUAUUAAGUGUUUUUUGUCAGAUCUUAGAGAUGUAGAUAUUCCAGCAGAAAUCAGUAGUUGGUUUAAAGACAAUUUCUUGGGAAAACCAUUAAAGGCGAUAAUAUUGUCACAGGAGUCAGAUGGACAGCUUGGUAUAGAAUUGUAUGAUGGAUCUCAAUAUAUAAAUGAGAAAAUUAAAGUGUUGCUUCAUGCUUAUGGAAAAAGACAUUGUGACCAAGCAUGCUGCAUGGAAAAGAGUAAUAAAAUAAAUGAGAAUAAGAGACUUACUACUUCUUUGAAAGGCAGAACAGGAAACAACUAUCACCAUAAUGUGAUUAAUAAAACUAGUCCAGUAACAUAUUCCGAAAGAAAAAUGGAUCAAUUGAUGCAUCCCAAAAGUAUAUAUGCCAGGUUUUUGAAGCCAUCAGUUUGUUAUAAAAUGGAACCGGUGUCAAAAAACAAAAUGAAGAAUUCUUUGAAUGAUGGGCUUAAAGGUAUAAAAAUUGCCCCUGGAGCUGCACAUAUUCUUGAGAACAGGGGUGUGCGUCAAAAACCACUAAAGGUUGUAUCACAGUCUUUUAUCAGAGCAUUAAAUCAAACAUCCUCACAAAACCCAUAUGACCUUAUUAGGCCACGGAUUAAAGACCUUCCUCAACCCCAAAUUUAUUUGAAUGCCAAAGUUAAAGGGUAUGUAUCUAAUAUCAGUAAUCCAGCAAGUUUCCAUAUUCAGCUUGCUGAGAAUGAAAGUAUAAUUAUCAGACUUGCUGAUGCUCUAAAUACAACAGCAAGGAGAUUGAAAGAGAAAAAAUCAGUUACACUUCUAGUGGGAGAUCUUGUAGUUGCAGAAUAUUCUGGUGACAAUGCCAUUUACAGGGCAGUAAUUAAGAAAAUUUUGCCAGGAAAUUCUUUUGAAGUAGAAUUUAUUGACUAUGGUAACUCUGCAAUAGUAAACACAUGUAAAAUUUAUGAACUUCAGAGGGAAUUUCUAACUGUUCCUCAGCUAGGAAUCCAUUCUUUUCUUAGUGGAGUAAAAUGGAAUGAGCCUGAUGAAAUAUGGGAUGACAAAACUGUGGAUUAUUUUACUUCAAAAGUACAUAACAAAACAGUUUAUUGUGAAUUUUUGAAAAAGCAUGAUCAGAAAUGGGAAGUAAAUUUGAUUUGUGAUGAAAGAUGUGUCAUUAAUGAACUACUGAAAUGGAAAGCGUGUUCAAAACUACAGAAGUCAGCAUUGCAAAUGCCUCAGGUUCUCGCUCAAAAGGUGAGCCCAGGUGAUAAUAAUGAAAUGAAGAAAGGAAAAUCAAAUGAGUCUGAAGGUUCUAUGAAUUCGAACCAACAGCUGUUUAAAAUUCCUUUCGAAGAAUUCAAACCUGGACAACUUGAAAAAGCUGAAAUGCUUAAUGUUCCAAAAAGUGGAAGAUUUUAUGUGAAGUUAUCCAAAAAUAAAAAGAUUUUAUCAGAUUUAAUAGUAUUAAUUACUAAAGAAGAAAAAAAUUCCCCCUUUUUAUCAAUGGAAAGUAUUGAAAAAGGUUUAGAAUGCUUGGCAAAAUCUAAAAAUACCUUGAAAUGGCAUCGAUCAAAAGUGGAAGAAAAAUAUGUUGAUGAUAAAGUACUUGUUUUUUUAGUAGAUUGUGGUAUCUAUGAAAUAGUGCCUGUAUAUAAUACCAAGCUGCUUAGUAACGAAAUAAGAAAUAUUCCUAGACAAGCUGUACCUUGUAAAUGGAUUUGGUUUGAAAAUUCUAAGAACAUGUCAUUUGAGUGCUUAUUUGCUCAUUUGGAAAUAAAUAUUCUUUUCCUGAAAUAUUUAGAUGCUGUUUGGGAAGUAGAAAUUUUGGUAGAUGACCUGUUACUUUUGGAAUACUUAAAUUUGAAUACAGUUCAUGUUGAAGAAAACAAACUUAGACCUGCAGAAAUUGUUUACAACUUUGAAUCUAAGACUCCUGUAUCAUCAUGCACAAUAAAAUCGUUUACUUGGGCUCAAUUCCAAAAUGAUAGGCAGUAUUCUGGAAUUGCAACUGCUGUUUCUGAUCCAUCAGACUUCAGUAUUCAGUUAGAAGAUUUCUUUGACAUAAUGAAAUAUCUUUUUAUGUUGCUUUCUGAUCUCCCGGAGACCUUACAAACAUUGCCUCAGGAGUUCAUAAUUCCCGGUUCUAGUUGUUUGUUCAAAUAUAAAUCGGAAGAUCAGUGGAAUAGAGUAGAAAUUUCUGAAGUCUUACCUCAUUCUUUAUGUCUUGUGUUGAUUGACUAUGGAUUUUCUUUUUAUAUACAUUAUUCAGAAAUUAUAAAUCUUAAAGUUGUUCCUGAGGAACUUUUGAAUUUGCCAAGGCUGAGUUAUCCAUGUAUUUUAUAUGGUAUCUUACCUGCUAAAGGAAAACAUUGGAGUGAAGAAGCCAAAAGCUUUUUUCGAGAUUUCCUAAGUAAACCAGACCUAGUUUUUCAGUUUAGGGAAUAUAAUUCUGAAACAAAACUGAAAGUAGAUGUCAUUCAUGAGAAAAAGAAUUUGGCAGAUAUAUUAGUUGCAUCUGGUCUCGCAACUUAUUCUAAAGAUUCAGCUCAUCUUGAUGCAAUUACUGCUACUGACUCUACUAAAAAUCCAAUAUAAAUUACAGAGUAAGCCUAUUUUCCCAUUGUUAGAUCAAAAUUGUUACAAAAAACAAAAUAUAAAUUUUACAUGCACUGAGAAACAAAAGUGUAAACAGAAAUCUACAAAGAGGAAAGAUGUCUGUAAGAACCUCUUAAGGAAAAUUCGUAUUAGUAAAAGAUCACAUUCUAGAAAUUUAACAGUGAGAAAGAAAGUUGGUAGUGGAAAACAUUUCCAGAGUGCCAUUUUGUUUGAUACAUGUACAACAGCUUCAUUUUGGGAACUGCCUGAUGGUUUGAAGAACAGCAGUUAUGUUGAAGACAUUUUUGAAAAACUACCAACCGAAGGAAUACAGGAAAAUAAGACAAUGAACUUGAGAACAGCAGUAAAAACAUCACAUGAUAAUGAAAAAAAAAAUCAGAAGAACACUUAAAAGGUAAAUAGACAAUUUUAUAAAGUAGAUUAUUUUCUGUAGAUUCUUUUUUUUAUUCCUUAAAAGUUUUUCAUGUACUAACAUCCAAAUUGAAAAUAAAUGGCAGGAAAACUUACUAGAAAAUCUGGAUAAAUGGAUGAACUGGAAGUGGCCGCUAUGAUUAUAAAACGUUGCUUCACUCUCUUUACAUUUUUUGAAUGGUGAAGUUUUUAGAAUGUAGUCAAAGAUUUUAACCACGCAUGCAUGCACACAUGCAUGACAUUUCACAAAUAAUUUCAAGGGUUUCAUAAAACUCCUAAAUGUCUGUAGAUCUCAUGUUAAUAAAUCUUGCUAUUAUUAGUGAGCUUCCUGGGCUCAUUUUGAAGAAUCAUUUUUCUGUUAUACAUAGUUUUAUAUCAUAUGAAAUGUCUUUAGGUGUUUUGAGUGUGCUUCUAGCAUAUUUCUGAACCAGAUAAAUUUAUAAAUAAACUGAUUCUAGCAUAUUUUCUCUUAAAUCUUUUAGAUGUCAAACUGACCCUAAAAUAUUGUUAAAAUUUUAAUAUUUUAUGCACUACAGUAUUGUCUGAUUUUGUUUAUCCACAUUACAUUCAUUUUCUGUAUGGAUUAGUUACUGAGGAUUUUGUAGGCUGUAAAGAAUGUUCCCUGGCAAAUGUUUGUUUUGACUUUAUAAAUAAAACGUAUGUUAUUCCACAUUCUGUAUUAUAACUAACGUCAUAACAGGCUAUACUCUUUCUGUGAGUGGAAAUAUCUUGUUUUUACUGAUGUAAUGUUAGAACGUAUUUUAUUUGAAUUUUACCUAGAUGUUUUCUAGUGAAUUGAUAAAUGCUUUACAAUUGGCGCCCUUUUCUAUCUAAUUUUUGAAUCUUUCCUGAUAGCAGUAGUGGUUAUUGUAGCAAUAGAAACAGCUACCAUAUUUUGAGUGCUUAUUAUGCUUCAGGCACUGUCUCAAGAGUCUUAUAUGUAUUACCUCAUUUAAUGCUUAUUACAACUCUACAAAGUAUGUUGAUAUAAAGGUCUAGGAAACUAAUAACUAGUACUCCACUUCGAGUUCUAAACCACUUUCAAAUAAACCUCUUCAGAAGGAGAAAGAUAAUUGUUAAGCAAAAUGUCACACUUAAACAAACAAAAUAGAUAAAACCAAAAACAAUAUUGAAGACUGGCUUAUAUUAAUGGAAAAAUUGGCUUACCAAUAAUGAAAUAAGGAAUUAUUUAGACUUACACAGACGGUUAUAGGCAUAGACAAGAGAAUCUUCUUGGGAGGGUACCCAUGUAAAACAGCCUGAGGCAGUUCUCCCCAGAAAGAAAAGGAGGAGGAAGAGGCUAAUGAAACAUAGGUCUUUUUCCUUCCAAAUGGACCAAUGAGAUUGACCUUACUUCUGGAAGGCAUAAGUAAGAAGAACAAAGAGGCUAGGAGUAUUAUGCUAAGAGAGUGCCUCACCCAUGAACCUCCACAUGGAAGGAAACAUCAGGAGUGGGAAAGAAGCAUUUUCCUCCAAGCUAUUAUCACCACUUUAUGGAUGAGUCUCAGGGAAAUUAAAUAUCUUGCCCAUGAAUUUAAAGCUGGUAAGUAAGGAACUGAGAUGUUCAACUCAGAUUUCUCUGUCUGCUUUUGUUUGUUAUUUAUACUGCCUUUUGAAAAGUAGUUAGCUUACUUGGGGAAGAGUUUCCUAUAAACUCUUGGCACCAAACCAUACAUUUUGGCUCUUACAUCCUUUACUGUUCCCUUACCUGUGCAUGUGUCUAACUUCUUUUAUGUUUUUUUCCCCAUCAGAUUCUUUAAGGACCCACUUUGGGUCCCAGCUUCUAUCUCAUAGCACUCCUAACACACAGUGAAUCACUGAGUGAGUUAAAGUAGCUGUUGUAAAAGCAGUUAGAAAACCAAACAUUAAAUUAUACUUCAAAACACAGAUUUGAAGUCCUAUGUAAGGAAAAAAAUCAUGACUUUGUAUGACAAAUAUAAGAAAUAUAGUUUCAUGGACUAAUAAUAAAUUUCCAUACUUGCUGUAAUCAUAGCCUUAAAACAAAGCAAGAAAACAACAUUAAAAAAAAACUGGUUUUAUUGCCUUUACUAUUUCAGCUCCUACCACCUCUAUUACUCUUCCACUAUUAUUGCCUGCAGGUACUCUGGGUCCAGGGCAAAGUGAUUUUAGUAGUUCCUCUUGGUUUAAGACAUCAAUAUUUGAAAGCGUCUUACCUACUAAAAAAGCAUAAAACGGACUCUGUUACAGUGGUUCUCAACCUUGACUUUGCAUCGGAAUUAACAAAGGAAGCUUUCAAAAAACUCCGACGCCUGGGUCCCUGUUAAAAAUUAAACAUUCUGUUUUAAUUGGUCAAGAACUGUGGCUUUACUCAUGGGUGUUUAAAGCUCUCCUGGUGAUUCUAAUGCACAGCUAAGGUUGAUAAUCACUGCUCUAGAGAGGACUGUAGAUAACUUCCUGAAUUAUUUUGUGAGAAAAAAAUAAUUUUAGGCUUUAUGUGUAAAAACUCUUAGAAUCUAUUCUUCCUGUAUUUGAAGUCCAGACUAUACAUAAUGAGUCACAGUAAUUUUGAGCUAAACAAUUCAGAGUAAAUAGUAAAAAUGUCAUCAUGUUAGAAAUGGCCUAGAUGUAUAAUAUGUUUACUUUAUCUUGCCCAGGUAUUGUUCUAAAUGCAGAAGUUGCCACCCUUUACACUUGGAAAAUUGGCUUAACUUUCCCAUAGUUUCAGCCUAUUUUAACAUCAGUGUUUAAAUAUUCAGGGUAAUUGUUUUUAUCUGUAGACUAUUUUCUCCAGAACAAACUUGUUAGUCUUUUUCCAGGAUGUUUUCUCAUUUGUUUUUGUUUUUCAAAAUCAUGCUUUCUUGCCCACAUGCUUGUUUUUGCUUCAAAGUCCUUGUGUAGAUUAUGAGAACUAGAGAAUGUAAUAACCCGUUCAAAAAAAGCACAAGAAAUAUCUGUUCAUUCUUUGAUAAUGAGGCAGUGCUUAAUGGUAAUGUGUACCUAUCCUUCUACAGUUGCUUAUUUAACUGGAAGUCAUCUUUGAAAGAAAUCUAGAAUGAUAACCCAUUUUUAAAGAAGAGUUUUUGAUAUUUUAAAUAUGAAGUAACAUCUAGACAUCCAGAGGAGAAUGGCUGACAGACAUGUGAAAUAUCAGACUAAGUCUUGAGAACACAACACUAUUGAGUCAUAGAGAUUUAUGAAUUGCUUGCAUUGAAUGGUUAUUAAAAGUAUGGGCACUGAGGCUGACUCCCUAAGUGUGAAUAUUUGCUUUAUCCCUUAUUAGUAAUAAAACCAUGGGUAAUCUUUCAAACUCUUUUGUGCCUCAGUUUCUUCUUGUGUAAAAUGGAGAUCAUAAUAGUAACUACCCCUUUGGGUGGUUGUGAAGAUUACAUAAAUUAAAACAUGUAAAGCAUUGCAGUGUUGCCUGGUACAUAAUAAAUGCUCACUAACUGUUAGAAAUAUAAUCAUCCUGAUAAAACUAUAUUUGUUUUGAAAGUAUUUUUGUGAAAUCAUAAGUUAAAAUAAUUUUUGAUGCUGCUAAGCAAGAAACUGAACUAUAGGAUGAAUACACACAGAUGUGUUUAGUAUUGGUAUAAUGGUUACAUUCAUCAUUAAAUUUCUAUUUGGAAGAUAGGAUUUAUGAGUAAGAGAUGAUUUAUGAGUAAGAGGUGAUUAUAGUUCCAGAUAAAGAAUA